AUGAGUUUUUAUCAACCAUCUCUAUCACUUCAUGACAUUCUAGACGCCUUGUCUACCCAAGCCGCCCUUAGAAACCAGCAAGAGAGACCUAAUGACAGAAGAUCGCAAUACAGGGGUGACUACGGGCGUCCGGGAAAUGGAGGUAAUGUUCAAAAUGCUUACUUUCAAUCGCCGUAUUACCAUGCAGAAAGGCCUCAGACUGCAUACUACCGUCCCAGCUACUACGCAGAAGAUCCUUACGAAACCCCUCAAUAUAUUGACCUAGGCAACAGUCGGAACGUCCAACAGAGACAACAAUAUCCUGACUAUCUACCCGAAAUUUUGAGAGCUUUUAUUGAUCCUAGGGAAGCCCAAGCUCAGGCCGAAGAUGAGCCCGAAGAGUCUCAGGAUGUCGACGAGCCUCGUGAAAACGUGGAAGCUUCUUUCAAUCCAUUAUUGGCAGCCCUAGCAGGUAAGCCACUCUCACAAAGCGACGUUGAAGCAUCCAGAAAGGGUCCAGAAACUGAAGUUGCGGAGCCUACUCCAACCUCAGAAUCAAAUGACGCUGUCAAGGCAGCUGCCAGUUUAAACGUACCAUCCACCGACGCAGUCCGUUCCGAAGCACCUAGUCCGAUUCCGGAACCACUUCAGGUGUCGAAGCCUCAAACACGCCGUGGGUUGCCAUUUUCACCGGAAGUAAACGUGUACGAUACUACAGACGCUUACAUGGUGGUGAUGGCUUUGCCAGGUGCCAACUCCAAGGCUUUCAGGAUUGACUACCAUCCUUCGUCGCAUGAGCUGCUCAUCAAAGGCAGUCUCGAUAAGAAGUUUGAUUUUGAAACGAAGAGCUUGCGAGUAUCAGAGCUUAAGACCGGCAAGUUUGAGAGAUCAAUCAAGCUUCCUGUGGUUCCUAGGAUCAAGGAUGAGGAAAUCAAGGCUACGUAUAGCAACGGUUUGCUGCAAGUGAAAAUUCCCAAGAUUUUGAAUGACGAAGCACAGCAUCCACCUAAGAGAAGGAUCGUGAUAGAGAGCGUCCCUGAUGAAGAGCUAGAAUUUGAACAGCAUCCAAACCCAGAGAUGCCUCUAUAG